CUUUCUAAAGAAUUCCUAAAUUUAUUGCUGAAAUGUCAAAUUCAAACAUUCCUUCCGAUGAGGAAAAAAAUGAAAUUGCCAAGAUGCUUCAGUUUGUGCCUCAAGUUGCAGAAAUAUUUGAUGUGAAAGAGAAAGUUGGGGAAGGUACAUUUAGCAAUGUUUUUCGUGCUGUUGUAAAGAAAGGAAGCAAAGAACAAGAAUAUGCAUUGAAAUACCUCAUACCUACUAGCAAGCCGUCUCGCAUUGCUAGUGAAUUACAGUGUUUAAAGGAAUUUGGGGGGUCAAAUAAUAUUGUUGGUGUUGAGUUCUGUAUCAUGAACAAUGGACAUGUUGUCAUUGUUAUGUCUUACUAUCCCCACCAGCGAUUUUCAGAAUAUGUUCGGCUCAUGAAAAUUAGUGAUAUUAAGGAUUACAUGAGAAAUUUGUUAAUAGCUUUAUGUAAAAUUCAUUCACAUGGAGUUAUUCACAGAGAUAUUAAGCCUAGUAAUUUUUUAUACAACCAAACAAAUAAGAGUUAUACCUUGGUUGAUUUUGGUUUAGCUCAAAGGGUUAGUGAUCUACAAUCUUCAAAGUAUUCUGCUGCACGACAGCCACUAUCUGAUUCUUCUGGAAGGUUAAACAAAAAAAUUGGAAGCACUUCUGCAGUCUCACUCAAUUCUGAUAAAAGAUCGCAUGAAAGUUUGCCAGCCUCAGUCAGUGGAAACAGAUAUCAAAUUGAAAACGUUUCCAAGAGACGAAAAUUAUCUCCCACAGAGUCUGCAGUAGCGAAUGAAAUAUUGCCUGCAAUGAAUAAUCAUGUUAAUUCCACUGUAAACCAGCCAAAAAAUCAUCAAGUACAUUCCAAAGCUAGAGAUUCUACAAAAUAUGCAAAGAAUAAUAAGUCGAAAGAUUGUGGCUGCUUUAGAAAACCAACUGUAUGUAAAAUUUGCCUUGGAAGGGAUCAAGAAGAAGCUCCGAGAGCUGGUACACCAGGGUUUAGAGCUCCUGAAGUGCUACUCAAACACAAGCAGCAAUCAACAGCCAUUGAUAUGUGGUCAGCAGGUGUUAUUCUGCUAUCUAUCUUAAGCAAGAAAUAUCCAUUUUUCAAAGCAGAUGAUGAUAUAACUGCUCUUGCUGAAAUAACGUUUCUAGUUGGUACUCAAGAAAUGAAAGAAGCUGCUAACUCCUUAGGAAAAAUAUUAACAAUGAAUCUACCUGAAACUACAGAAUCAAUAUCAAAUAUUCGUCGUACGUUGACUCCUGCUCGCUAUCUUCAAGCUCUUUGUACAAUGAUACAACAGGAACAGCCAUGCCAAGUACACAAUGGUUCCAGUGAAAAUGAAAGCAGCUGUGUCUAUUGUUACGAAAACAGUCGUCAAAUUCCAGAAAGUGCCUUUGAUCUUCUGGACAGAUUGUUGGACCCUAAUCCAUUCUCAAGAAUCACAGCUGCAGAUGCUCUGUGCCAUCCUUUCAUUGCCAGUUAAAUAUCUGAUUCCAUUUUGCAUCUAUCAGCUUGGCUUCUGUACAACUAUGCAAUAUGUACCUGACAUGCAAAUAACUGUAGAAUAGAUGUUGAACAUGUUGUUUGGGUGUUUGAAAAUUGAUUUGCUUUCACUACUGGUAAUGAAUGAAUCAUUAUUCGUUUUUUGAUGGUUGAAAAAAUAUAAUCGAAAAAGUCGUCUCUUUUGUAACAUAUCCAUUUGAAAAUGCAAUAGUGUUUUUAUAGUAUUUGUGAUUUAUGACUUAUUUUCUUGGUUCAACAUUUUCAAUGCUUUUAUAAUAUGAAGUGACAAGUUUUAAUUUUUUAGAUUUUAAAAACUGGUUCUUGACAAUUUUCACAUUUUAAUUUACUUUCAUGUAAUGGAUUUACUAUGUGGAAUAUUUUGAUUUAAACUUGUGCCUAACUACUGCAUGCCUUAAAAAUUUGAACUUCCAAACAGUUUGUAUAAUUUUUAAUUGAAACAUUCUAAAUGAAUAAUAGUGACUUUUACUAUCACUCUGCUUUAAAAAAAAGAAAAGGUUGUCUUUAUUCCAUCUAUUUAUUUUCAUUUUUCAAACACAAACUUGGCUUGGCAUUAAUUUUUUUUUUUUUUUUAAAUUCUGUGGACAAUGAAGUUUCUUCUUAUAAACAUAUCUUUAGAACUUUAUGCAAAAAAUUUUAUCAAGUAAGGAAUAUUGAUUCGUUUAGGUUCUUUUUUUUUACUAUCUUUUUUAGCGUUGUUGUAAAUUGACGUGUUAGUAAGUUAUUUAAAAAUAUUUUUCAAGUAGCAUAUGUGGACAAAAAUAAUAUACAUGAAUAAAAUAUAAAGAAUUUUACUGCAUUAAUUUAGUUGAAAACAUUUCCUUCAAUAAAUGUAGCAUUAAUUAAGUAAUAAAUAAAGCAAAUUAGGAAUUUUAAAGCUCAUUAGUUAUUUUCCGAAACCAAAAAUGUAAAGCCAGAUUUUAAUUCUUUAUCCUUUUUAUAGAAUCUUUUUAAUUUUCUUAAAAGUUUUUUCUUAUGAUUACUAUUAAGUUAAGGGAAUAAAAAAAAGUAUAAGUAAAAUGAAACAAAUUUUCAAAAACUUAAAAUACAAAAGUGGAACACUUGAUAUUUUUUCCUUUCUUUUUCAGUGCUGCAUCUAAUAUUUAUUAAAACUCAAGAAUUGGGCUACCUUGUGAAAUUUUAUAAAUGAAUGCUUUUCUUGAUGAUGAUGUUAUUUUAAUAUAUAAAAUUUAAUAUGGUGAUUAAUAAUGUUUAAGCUACGUAUUAGAACUAUCAGAAUUAAAAAUGAAUAUGUUUUACAGGAAUAACAAGUAGUUGAAAAACUAUAUCAAAAAGAUUUUUUCCCUGUAUGGGAUAAAUUGUAGCUUUCUUAGAUCAUUCAUUUUUCAAAAAUUCUUAUGUUAUAAACUUGAAUUUCAACUGAGUUUAUACUAAUCUUUAAAAAAAAAAAAAAAAAUCAGUAUAUUUAUUGAAUUUUUGCUGGAGUAAUUCUUAUCCUUGUUACAUUUUCAAUGUAGGGAAAUCAACAGGCAUCUUGUAGUGAUAUGUCUGACAGAUUUUCAUGCUUUCAGAAAAAUUUAUUGUAUUUUAUUUUUUAAAAUUUAAUUGCCCAAGAUAAAAGCGAGUAAUUUUGAUCACUUAUGAAUUGAUGUUUCAAAAUUAAUGUAACAUUGUACUUUGCCAACAUUUAUGUGUACUUAAACAUGUAUUGCUGUACAUUUCUUGUUUAGUUUUGUUUAUAACUUGAUGCCUGAAAUUUUCAACUAAUUUUUUGAAUUCAUUGAUCAUUUAUAGGUUAAAUGUGCUUAAUUUAUUUUUGUGUAAAUGAGGCAUCCUACAAGUCUCAUGUAUACUAUGCAAAGCAAAAUGUGUUCAUUGCACUAGCAAAAGGCCUUUUUUUAAAAUUAAAAAUAGGUUUUCUUUGAUAAUUUUAAAAUGUAUGAUAGCAAUUUCAUAUAAAAGUUGAUUAAACCUUUUGUAACAAAUUGCUAUCUUCAUUAUUGUAUGUAAGUGCUUGUGUAUAAUUAUUAAUA